GCCCAGCGGCCCCGCCGGCGGGGAGCGGCGGGAGCAUGGCCGAGCCCGGGGCGGCGGCGGGGGACGCGGCGGGGGCACCGCCGCCAAGGGUGGGCUCGUGGGUGCCGGUGCUGGUGGAGCAGAUGGUGAACGACACGCUGGUAGUGACGCUGAGCUGCGGGGAGCGGCGCUUCACCGGCGUGCUGCUGGACUGCUCCAAGAGGUCUGGAUUGUUCUGUCUGCCCUCCUCCUUCCCGAAGCACGAGGACCCCCCCGCCGCCGCCUGCGCUCCCGGAGCCGCUGAGGGCGGGGGUGCCGCGCAGGGCGAGCCGGAGCCGCGGCCCGCCGAGGGCAGCGCCGAGGAGCCGCUGCCGCCGCUGCUGCCGGCGCCGGGCAGCCUCCCGCCCUUCCCGCCCUACUUCGAGGGAGCCCCGUUCCCCCGGCCCCUGUGGCUGCGGCACACCUACAACCAGUGGGUCCCGCAGCCGCCGCCGCGGACUGUAAAGAGGACGAGGAGGCGCUUGUCGCGCAACAGGGACCCGGGCAGGCUCAUCAUGAGCACCAUCAGGCUGCGGCCCAGGCAGGUGCUCUGCGAGAAGUGCAAGAACACGCUGAACCCCGAGGACGCGAACGCGCCGCGGCAGAACGCCAAGACCAGGAGGAAGCUGAGCAUUCAGGACAAGGAGCAGAAAAAGCACGGCGACUCUGACUACAUGGAGAAAAGAAACAAAAGAGAGAAGAGAGAGGAUGACAAGUUUUCUGGGGAACUGGUGCAUCGAACGCCAGUUAUAAAAAUAUCCUACAGUACCCCGCAAGGGAAAGGUGAAGUGGUAAAAAUCCCUUCCCGGGUUCAUGGCUCAGUCAAACCCUUCUGUCCGGAGCCAGCGUUGCAGAACGGAGCCGGGGACCAAGAGGAGAACGGGGACUCUGAACGGUGUCGACAAACCAAAUGUUUAAUGGACAAGUCAGCAGGCAGCCAGCUUGCUUCCAUUCCAAAACUGAAGCUCACACGGCCAGUGCAUUCCAGCGUGGAUGUCCCACCCCCAAAGAUACGGCUGAAGCCCCAUCGCAUCAACGAUGGUCAGAGUGUUUCAAUCUAUAAGGCAGAACUGAUUGAUGAAAUCAAUGUCCUCCAGAACAGCAGGGAGUCCAAUCCCGGAGCGUUUUACAAUGAUGAGUCCACUGACAGAAGUUUAGCUGAGAUGUCUUCAGGCAGUUCAGGUGAAGAUGAUGACUUCAAAAGGUUUCCCCAGGGUAAAGAUGGACAUGAUAACUUGGCUUUCCUCAUGAAUUACCGUAAAAGAAAAGCAGAUUCUUCUAGUUUAUCGGUGUGUAGCAAUGACAGUCUAGAUGAAUCCAAGUCUUCUAGUUCAGAAGUGACAUCACCAGAACUGUGUGACUUUUUGCCUGGUGAUGAUGCCUCUGUCUCUUCAUCUUCAAAAGAUGAGCGUAAAAUUGUGCCACCACUGACAGUUAGACUGCACACCCAGAGUGUGUCUAAAUGUGUUACAGAAGAUGGAAGGACUGUUUCAGUGGGGGAUAUUGUCUGGGGUAAAAUUCACGGGUUUCCGUGGUGGCCAGCACGUGUUCUUGACAUAAACCUCAGCCAGAAGGAAAACGGGGAACCCUCGUGGCGAGAAGCUAAAGUGUCAUGGUUUGGUUCUCCGACGACCUCGUUCUUGUCUGUUUCAAAACUCUCUCCUUUCUCGGAGUUUUUCAAACUGAGGUUUAAUCGCAAGAAGAAGGGCAUGUACCGGAAAGCCAUCACGGAAGCUGCAAAGGCAGUCAAGCACCUGACUCCAGAAAUACGAGAUCUCUUAACACAGUUUGAGACAUAACUUUGCCUCCAGUAUCAGCUUUGUGUUUUGUAGUUACCUCACCUGCAGGAGAAAGGCUGCAGGAGGACAAUGCCUGGAGGAAACAUCCAGCAUCCAGCAGCAGGAGCCACCUCUCUGCCCUGACACAGCAUCCCUGCAAGGGCCACUGGCCACCUCCUGGGACAGAGGAGAAAGUCACAGCAAGUCUCAGAUUUUUCUGCAAGAUAAAAGCAGACAGAUUAACAACAUCUUCAGAGAGAGGGAAAAAAAGGAGCUGCAUAACAUAUAAUUCAGGGAUGAAGUUAAGUCUGGAUGUGAAAACGAGAGCUGAAGGCUCUGCGAGGCUCAUCUGUCACUGAAACCCUGCUGGUGACUAAGGAAAAUGUCCAACCCAGAAAUGUAAAAGUCAUGAAUCAUUCCUGAAAGUCAGAAAAUGUUUCCUAACUUGUAUGACUUCAGACAGCCCUCAGCAUCCUGUUUGCCCCUGGCCUUUGUUCCAGGGCAGUGACUCAGGAUCCAUGGGGAGAGUCACCCCAAGAGUAUGGAGGCACAGAGCUUAGCUUUGAAACACUCUCCAAGGGGAGACAGGGUUUUUUCCAAAGUGUCCGUGUGUGCUGCUGCUUGCCUGUCACUCGUCUGGGAGAGGAGGGAUAUCCAUCCCCUUAUUCCCCAGGGCCCUGGCACGUGGCUGCUGAGGUUGGCACGGCACCAGUGAGGAGCAGCAGGUACUCACUGGGCACUGCCACACCCCAGCAUGAUCCCCACUGCCAGGCACAGGGUUAGCUCACUUGUACAGGUAUUUUUAUGGGAGUACAUGUAUAUACACAGACAGACAGAGCAGUGUUUGUGUGCAUCUACAUGUAUGUAUAGCUCGCUGUGGUUUUACAGAAAAAUGUGAGAGUUCCUGGCCACAGUGACUUUGCAAUUUCAAAUAUCCCUGUUCAGAGAUGGAGGAAAUAACUUAUGACUAAUUUGAUUGGAGCAGAUUGGGACUUGAGUUCCCUGCAGGAGUUCUGGGAGUCAGGAUUGGCUCAGGGGGUCUGUUCCUCCCCUGCAAUCCACACUGAGAUGGUUCAGACCUGCAAAGGAGAAAUCACUGGUGGGAACUUGGGCACCAGCCCAGUGUCUCUCUCCUUCCCAAGGCCACAGGCUGCAGCAUCAAAUAACCCCUAAAGCAAAGGCACCUCUUCUCUUGGUGGUUGUCAGUAUUUCUUCCCUCAUGCAGAGCCCUAGAAAUUCUCCACUGCAGCCAGAUGAAUUCAGGCUGCUGAGAACACUCCUGCGUCUUGUGGGAGCCUUGGACCCACAGGAUCUGGGAAUCCCAGAGCAAAAUCCAGCGACUGCCCAUCCAUUGGGGAAAAUCUGGUGUAUCAUGAUGACCCCAGCUGAGGGGAGCCUCAGGCUGUGCUGGGCUCCCCAUUUCCAGGCACCCUGGCUUUACAAAUGCCAAGGAACUGAUACUAAUUAUGGAAUUGUGCUUUAUAAGAGAUGCAAAAGGAGGUGAUUCCUGCCUCGUCCUUCAGGUUGAGAAGUAAUUGCUUCACAAAACAGAUCCUCCCCUGGGAUUCACUCAUGCAUUUCCAUUUGCUGCAGCUGCAGGAAGACCCAGCAGCUUCAGUGGUGCUGCACAGCCCCAGAACCAGCACGUGGGGAAUUCUCAUCGUGGGGCUCCUGGCAGCCCCCCAGCACAGCCCACCUGCUGAUCCACCUUCAUUGCCCCCAAAAUGAUCAUUUUCCUCCUGCUCCCAGCACGACCCCUGGUUUUAGCUAAGAAAGCCUUUCCUGGGUUCUUAGCUAAGAUCCCUGGAGCCCCUACCCGCUCCAGGGCGGCUGCAGGGCCCCGGGCUGUUGGCAGGUGAUGGAGCUGCCUGGUCAGUGUGGGUGGGUGGGAAAGGUCCCUGUGUGCAGGGGGGAGCAGGCAGAGCCCCAGUGCAAAGCUGUGUUUGGGCUGAGAGGUGCUGACCCCCUCAUUGCCCCCCGGCCCCACACGGACACCAGCCUCGGGCUGGCACAAAUGUCAGCAGAACUUUCACACACGGCUGGCAGGGUGAAGCGUCCUCCGGGGGAAUUAAUUAGAGGGAGUGUGGAGGCAGUGACCAUGAUGUGCAGAUCAGGAUGAGUCAGAGCCGGGGAGAGAUGAGUUCUGUGCUGCUGCAGUGCAGGCACAGGCUGCUGGGGUCAGGGGCUGGGCGGGAUGGGGUGAGCCAGGGGCACCGCGAGGGCUCCUCCAUCGGCUCCCUCCAGCCAUCUGGAGAUCUGCUCCAUCCUUUGUGUGAGGAAUAGGGGAUUCUUGCCUUCCCACCGGCUUUUACCUGAUGGUUUAUUGUCAUGCAAGGAGCCAUUGCUCAUUGAGGUUUCUACAUCGAGAAAUGCAAAUUUCAUUUCUUGUGGGAGACAGUUAAAAAAUGCUCCUCAACAGUUACCCUUGUUAAUAGCUCUUUAAUUCUCUAAUGAAUAUUUAUGAAUGGUUGCCUGAAAGCAAUGAACCUUGGACUGGAUAGACUGAUACUGAUUGUGCUUGAAAUUAAAAGAACAGUGAUUUUUUUU